UCCAGGCGCCGCCAUGCCCGGGGAUCACCGCCGCAUCCGCGGGCCGGAGGAGUCGCAGCCGCCGCAGCUGUACGCGGCCGACGAGGACGAGGCGCCCGCCGCCCGCGACCCGACGCGACUGCGGCCCGUGUACGCGCGCGCCGGGCUGCUGAGCCAGGCCAAGGGCUCCGCCUACCUGGAAGCGGGAGGCACCAAGGUGCUGUGCGCCGUGUCUGGCCCGCGCCAGGUUGAGGGCGGCGACCGCGGCGGCGGCCCUGCGGGUGGGGGCGGCGAGGCCCCGGCUGCGCUGCGCGGCCGCCUGCUCUGCGACUUCCGCCGCGCGCCUUUCGCGGGCCGCCGGCGCCGCGCGCCGCCCGGAGGCGGUGAGGAGCGCGAGCUGGCGUUGGCCCUGCAGGAGGCGCUCGAGCCGGCCGUGCGCCUGGGCCGCUACCCACGCGCGCAGCUCGAGGUGUCCGCGCUGCUGCUCGAGGAUGGCGGCUCGGCUCUCGCUGCCGCGCUCACAGCCGCCGCACUCGCCCUGGCCGACGCGGGCGUCGAGAUGUACGACCUGGUGGUGGGCUGCGGCCUGAGCCGUGCGCCGGGGCCCGCGCCUACCUGGCUGCUGGACCCCACGCGGCUGGAGGAGGAGCGCGCCACCGCCGGCCUCACCGUGGCGCUCAUGCCCGUGCUCAACCAGGUGGCUGGGCUGCUGGGCAGCGGGGAGGGCGGCCCGACCGAGAGCUGGGCCGAAGCCGUGCGCCUGGGCCUCGAGGGCUGCCAGCGCCUCUACCCUGUGCUGCAUCAGUGUCUGACAAGGGCCGCCCGCCGCAGGGGCGCCGCCGCGCCGUCCUGAACCACGACGGACGCCGAGGACCGAGCUGCCGCCGAUCUGAAAGGACCCUGCGGUGGGCUUCCACACUGCGCCUAUCUGAGAAUGCGGAGCUCGGGAGAGGAUCUGCAGAGGCGCGCGUAGAGCUGAUGCACAGCUGUGUUGAAACGAUUUUUUAAAUAAACUGCUCCAUUAAAGAAACUUUUUCUACUUGAGCUGGCUCCCAGCUAUGAGCCAGUGGAAGAAACCUACGAAUGCAGUGUGACUUCCAAGGUGGAAAAGACUUCAGCUGGACUUAGGAAAAGAAAACGGAACCUGGCUCUAUUUUAAGGGAUGGACCCUAUGCAGGACAACCAGUUACUUCUUCCUAUAUAAUUGUGCUGCUUUUGAGAGAAGGGACGAGGGAACUGUGCCUUCUCACGUAUAUCUGAGCUGAAACAAAACAAAAACCCUUUUAUAUCUGAAAA